AUGUCUCAUGUUAGAUGCACCACACCAUAUGAAUCCAAAUCCAACUUUGAUGAGGUUCGGUGGGUGACUCAAAUACGUGAUACUCUUAAUGAAGUGCUUGAAGAUGAUGAUCAAUUCCCUGUGUCCAUCUUCAAUGUGCCUAAGACCCUUAUGGCUACUGAUCCUGAUUCUUAUAUCCCUCAGCAAGUUUCCAUAGGGCCUUAUCAUUGUUGGCGUCAAGAACUGUAUGAGAUGGAGAGAUAUAAAAUUUCUUCAGCAAAAAGAUUCCAAGAACAACUACAAAACCUCAAGUUAGAACACAUAGUUCACCAAUUGAUGAAGUUAGAAGAGAGCAUAAGAGCAUGCUACCACAGGUACUUAAACUUUAAUGGCGAAACAUUGAUGUGGAUGGUGGCUAUCGAUGCCUCCUUUUUGCUUGAGUUUCUUCAAGUGUAUACCAUUCAAGAUGAAACAAUGAUGAUUCCAGGAAUUUCAUCAAGAAUGUCUCAUUUGAUGGAUUAUGCUGGCAGGAAAAUUGCUCAUAAUGCAAUCUUGAAGGACAUAGUAAUGCUUGAAAACCAAAUUCCACUGUUUGUGUUGAGAAAGAUGUUGGAGUUCAAAUUCUCAUCGACAGAAUUAGCAGAUGACAUGUUGCUUUCGAUGUUGAUAGGAUUGUUUAAACAACUUUCUCCUUUUAAGGUGAUAGAGAAGGAUUGUUCAGAGAUCAAUGUCUCCGAGUGUGCACAUUUGCUAGAUUUUUUGUAUUCUAUGGUUGUGCCUAAAUUGGAUGAACAAUCAGAUGUUGUCCAGUUUGAGGAUCAUCAGCACAAAGAUAAUGAAGACAGCGAACAAUCAUUCUUGAACUAUGCCAAGAAAUUUCUGUGUGAGGUUUGGAGCUUUCUUUCCAAAUUGGCCACAACUUUAGUAAACUUAAUUAAGAAAUUCCCAAACUGUAGAACCAUCAAAGUUAUCACUUGGUUGCCUUGGACUAUAAUUUCUAACCUUCCUGGAGUAGGACUUAUAAAGCAACCUGUUGAAUACUUAUUUUUCUCCGAAGAAAAAGAAGCAAGAACUGCAGAAAAUGGGAAUUUAAGUUCAGAUAAUGACAGCAACAAACCACCCUUGAUGGAGGAAAUUGCUAUUCCUUCCGUCAAGGAACUCUCAAAGGCUGGGGUUUGUUUCAUGGCCACCAAUGGAGACAUAUCAACCAUAGGAUUUGAUGUAGAAACAGUAACACUGUAUCUUCCAACAAUUGGGUCACUGGUUUUCACCCGUUACACAGAAUUGAUGAAUGGGAUUACAGACUAUGAGGAAGAUGCGAAGAUUCUUAGAGAAAAAGGGAUUAUUUUGAACCAUUUGAAGAGUGAUGAAGAGGUGGCUACCCUGUGGAAUGGGAUGACCAAGUCCUUUAAAUUGACAAGGGUGCCAUUCCUGGAUAAAGUCAUUGAAGAUGUUAACCGGCAUUAUAAUGGUAGAAUGUGUAUCAAAGUUUUGAAAUUCAUGAAGCAUUAUGUAUUUGCUUCAUGGCAAUUUCUAAUAUUCCUUGCUGCCAUCUUUCUCUUACUCUUGAUGUCCUUACAAGUAUUCUGCUCUUUCUAUAAAUGCAAUCGCAGAAACCGUGUCACUGAGACUAAAUGA